GUCAGUAGAUCACCAACCUUGCUCCGACAUUUAUGAAAUCUUUGGCAUAUAGUGUGCUCCUAACAGUCGGUUCAUUCGGUGUUCUGAUCGGAUUGAUCCCUAGCUCAGCCGGUGGAAAGUGAAAUUGAAUUACUCCUGGAAAAAAAGGAUCCUUUAGGGGUUGUGUGGUUGUCUCUCUCGUUGUUGUUUUUUCCUUCUCGUGCGCCUUCCGGUCAAGGAUCGAGAAGCGUAACUCGUUCUAAACUCUAGUGAUAUCGAUCAGUGACCGUGUACUGGAAUUGUUUUUUUAGUGCCAGUGAAAACUGUUGAAGAUAAUUAGCGAAAAUGUCGUCGUCUGCCGUUACUACCAAAACGUCGAAAUAUACCUACAAAUCCUCAGGAGGAGGUAGUGCCGAUGUCAGCAUCGAGUACAGCGCUGAUCUCAGCGCCCUGUCCAGGUUGGAGGACAAAAUCCGCCUGCUGCAGGAAGAUCUGGAGUCGGAGCGCAGCCUCCGCCAAAGGAUCGAACGCGAAAAGGCUGACCUCAGCGUGCAAGUCAUUCAGAUGUCAGAGCGUCUCGAGGAGGCGGAAGGUGGUGCCGAAAGUCAGCUGGAAAUCAACCGCAAACGCGACACCGAACUCACCAAACUGCGCAAGCUGCUCGAAGAUGUGCACUUGGAGUCGGAGGAAACUGCCCACAUUCUGAAGAAGAAGCACCAGGAAAUCGUCAACGACUUCAGCGAACAGAUCGAAUCACUGACCAAGACAAAACAGAGAGUUGAAAAGGAGAAAUCCAAACUGCAAGCCGAGAUAUAUGAACUUCUGUCCCAGAUCGAGAGCGUUUCCAAGGAUAAGACCAUCAGUAUUAAGACCAUCGAAAAGUUGGAAGUCCAGGUUACUGAGCUGAACAUUCGCAUCGAAGAGCUGAACCGCACCAUUGUGGACAUCACCUCCCACAAGACGCGGCUGUCGCAGGAAAACAUCGAUCUGAUCAAGAGCGUUCAGGAUCUGAAGAUCAACAUCGAAAGCAUCAGCUUCUCCAAGACACAGCUGAACACCCAGCUGGACGAUGCUCGGCGUCGCCUGGAGGAUGACGACCGUCGCCGUUCGAUCUUGGAGUCGACCCUCCACCAGGUCGAAACCGAACUGGAAUCCGUCCGGCUGCAGCUGGAGGAAGAAUCCGAAGCCCGCCUGGAUCUGGAACGACAACUGGUGAAGGCUAAUGGUGAUGCCGGUGCCUUCAAAUCGAAGUACGAAGCCGAAUGCAUGGCUCGCCACGAAGAGGUCGAAGAAAUCCGCCGCAAAUACACCAUCCGCAUCCAGGAGUCGGAGGAACACAUUGAAUCGCUCCAGGCCCGCUUGUCUAAGCUUGAAAAGGAGAAGAGCCGCCUGUCGAGCGAGAUCGAAAUUCUGAUUAUCGACUUGGAGAAGGCCAACAAUGGCAUACGCGAAUACACUAAACGUAUCGAAAUUCUCGAGAAAACCAAUAUCGAAAUUAAGACCCGCCUGGAGGAAACCAUUACCCUUUACGACCAGUCGCAACGCGAUCUGAGACAGAAGACCCAGGACUACCAGCGCCUGAGCCACGAGCUGGAUGCCACCCGCGAGCAGAAGGACCAGCUGACCCGGGACAACAACAAAAUGCAGAAGGAUUUGCACGAAGCCCGCACCACCGUCACCGAGCUGACACGUCGCCUUCAUGACUAUGAAGUCGAGCUGCGUCGUCUGGAGAACGAACGCGAGGAGUUGACUGCCGCCUACAAGGAAGCUGAAGCCGGACGCAAAGCUGAGGAAAAACGUGGCCAGGCCUUGGCCGGCGAGUACGGUCAGUUCCGUCACGACACCGAGCGCCGUCUGCUGGAGAAGGAUGAAGAAAUCGAAGUCAUUCGCAAACAGACCAGCAUUGAAAUCGAACAGCUGAAUGCCCGCGUCGUUGAGGCCGAGACCAAGCUGAAGAGCGAGGUCCAGCGCAUCAAGAAGAAGCUGCAGAUCCAGAUCACUGAGCUGGAGAUGUCCCUGGAUGUUGCCAACCACACCAACAUUGAACUCCAGAAGACCAUCAAGAGACAGUCGGCUCAGCUGACCGAAAUCCAGGCCCACUACGAGGAAAUCCAGCGUCAACUGCAGUCCACCGUUGAUCAGUACGGUAUUGCCCAACGCCGCAUCCAAUCCCUUACUGGUGAGCUGGAGGAGAUCCGUGUCAACUACGACUCCUCCCUGCGCUCGAAACGCCAAGUCGAAGUCCAGCUUGAGGAAGCCAGCUCGCGCAUCAAUGAACUCACCGUCAGCAAUGCCAGCUACGCUUCGCUCAGAGCUAAGCUCGAACAGGAACUCACAGUCUUGGCCUCCGACUACGAGGAAGUCAGCCGUGAACUACGCGUCAGUGACGAACGCUACCAGAAGGUCCAGGUUGAACUUAAGCACACCGUUGAACUGCUCCAUGAAGAACAGGAAAGAAUUGUCAAGAUCGAAGCCAUCAAGAAGUCCUUGGAAGUCGAAGUCAAGCAACUUUCAGUUCGUCUUGAGGAGGUUGAAGUUAACGCCGUUGCUGGAAGCCGUCGUAUCAUCGGCAAGCUGGAGGCCCGUCUCCGUGACAUUGAGGUUGAGCUUGAGGAGGAGAGAAGGAAGCACGCCGAAACCAUCAAGAUCCUGCGCAAGAAGGAACGCUCAGUCAAGGAAGUCUACAUUCAGAUCGAAGAGGACCAGAAGAACAUUUCAAUUCUAUCGGAUGCUCUGGAGAAGGCCAACCAGAAGAUUGCUGCCUUCAAGCGUCAGCUAGUUGAACAGGAACAAUGCUCGCAGCAGUGCGUCACCAAGGUUCGCCGCUUCCAGCGCGAACUGGAAGCCGCCGAGGAUCGCGCUGAUGUGGCCGAGAGCAACCUGCAUCUGGUUCGGGCCAAGCAUCGCACCUUCGUGACCACCUCCACCGUGCCCGGAUCGCAAGUCUACCUGGUUCAGGAAACCACCAGAACAGUUAACGAGUCGUCGUCUUAAAUCCAAGAGAAAGGGGGCGACCUCCCCGGGAACACCCGACCGCCAUUUAGAGCCGAAACAUCGCGGCUGACGUAGUGGCACAAUGCACCAUAUGAUCUUUCAUUUUAAUCAUGUCCGUUCGUCUUUUGUUUUGUCCGCUAAUUUAUUUUUGUUUUUUUUUAUUCGUCUUUAGUUUCAUGUAUUUUUAAUUUAUUGUAUAUUCUACCACACCAACGAAUCAAUGAAACUAAGAUAAAAUAUAAUCUCUUUAUAACGAAACUACUAGCAGGAAAAUUGAUUUGGUCACACAAAUAAUACCAAACAUCGUAUGAAACCGCCAAACGUGAAGAAAUGCGAAUCUCUUACAAUGAUACUUAAGCAGUAAAACUAGCCGCCCUUUAUUGAAACAAUAAAACCUAGAUGUGAGGAAAGGAUGAUGCCAAAUUUAACAACUGUACGCUGUUCCAAAAAGUUUAAUGAAGAUCGAAACAUUAUAUUUCUUUUGUAUGAUAUCAAUCUUUGUAAUAAAUAAAUAUUAUUUUAAAAAAUAAAAAAAAACAUGAAAAAUAAGAAGAUAGUGAAACAAUUGGAAAAAGAAAUUGUCCAUACAGCUUUCAAUGUAAGCCAAAGAACUAUGAUUAUUAUACUGAUGAACCAUUAACGAUGACAUUAAUUAAUGAUUCUCUUUAAAAUAAUGGAAGAUAAAAUAAGUUAUGAAUGAAUAGUAAUCGUAAUAUAAAACAAAAACAAAACAGAAUAAACUUUAAAAGCAUAA